AUGUUUCUCCCACGCCCAUGCGCGUUGCUUUUCUGCGCGAUAUCCUUUUUUCUAGCGCUCGCUCUCUGCGACCCACUACCGCAAGCAACUGUUUAUACCACGGCGAUAAUUACCGUUAAGCCUUCAAUCCUAAGCUCCACCCCGACUCGAACGGGACCUCCUACCAGUUGUGUCGUUUCAAGGAUCACAGGCACAGAUACCACGGUUCCUGUGAUCGGAAAUGUUCGAUUUCGGACUGAACCUUCCGGUCGGGGAACCAUUGGUAUCCUCAUCAGUUGCACGGCCACUUAUAUCUUCUGCGUCUGGACCACUGUGCAUCCUGCUGUUGGCGAAACAGGAAAGAGAAGGCUUCGCCUGUGGUACAAGUUGGUCUUGACUUCUAUAGCCAUCACAGUCCCAGCGGGUGUCAUGAUAUACGCGUUCGACGAAUGGCGCCAGGCGAGGCGUCUUGUAAAUGAGUGGGAGGCGAAUGUCAAGUACCACCCCAAGCCUGAAGAUGGUUCACACGGGGGACGGCCCCCUAAAGGGCCGGCCAAAACUCUUGCCAGAGGUACUGACGACUUCGUUCCACUACACAUCGGCACUGCCUUUUUCGUCCUGAUGGGAGGAUUUAGAAUCGAUAACAAGCACGCGGAAUGGAGCCAUAUGACGAAGAAGGAGAGGAAGAAGUGGAACAAGAAGAAUAUAGGGGGUGAGGAAGUCUACGAACGCCCGAUACUGAGCCCACAAGGUUUCAUCAAAUACGUUCAGAGCGGCCGUAUCAACCAAUCUACAUUCAACCAGGUAGAUGUACUGGACAAGGGGAAGGGCAGUAACAUCGCAAAGAUAUUUGCAGGUUUCCAGGCACUUUGGCUCAUAUUACAGUCAAUAGCACGAUGGGCAGACAAUUUACCUUUGACAGUCCUUGAGAUACAUGUUCUCAUACAAAUCGUCUGUACAUCUGUGAUCUACGCUUUCUGGUUCAGAAAGCCCUUGGAUGUCGGUGUACCCACUACUAUCAAGCUGGCACCAGCACUUGGCCGACUGCCGGAAAAUGAAAACACCCCCCAAAGCCCUGGAAGUACCAAGAUUCCCCAAAGCCCUGGAAGUCCCAUCAGUCGUCCCUACGUGGGGGGCGAGACGCUACAUAUUCGCACUGGCACCCCUUCCCCUUCACCUUUCUUCAGGAGUGAUACGAGAGCCAGCCGGAUGACCGCCUCCACAUACAACGGGAAUGAUGCGAUAACCAUCACCGGCAGUGACGCCGAGUAUAGCGAUUUCGUGGAACGCCCAAGCGAGAAUGAGGAAAAACAAUACAUCGAUGAAUCUGAUACUCUGACUCGCAAAGAUAUGCUGUACAAACCCGCAGUCACUCGGCCACUCAAGGCAGCAAGCUCCGUUCAAGCAAAAUGGGUUCCGGUCACAGCAAAGGCUUUUCUUGAUGUUGCCGCCCACGUCCGCCCCCUUGAGAAAGCCAAGAAUGUCGACGAUGAGACAACAAGUGGUCAACCGCAACCUCAAAGUAAAGGUGAAGGUGAAAUUCCAGGGCCAGGGCCAGGUCUACUUCGCCAUUCAACAACAUGGAAAGAGAGGAUCCAAUGCUCCGAGACCGGGUUUACAGCAAUGAUGGUUGUCGCACAGGGGUUCCUAGUUGUCCUUGUUGCUUCACUUCAUCUCGGUGCCUGGAACACUAAAUUCCCGAGCGCAGCUGAGCUGUGGCUCUGGCGAGCCUCGUGUUUUAGCAUGAUUGGAUUUCCAACAUGGAUCGUUGCGGUUAUAUGUUUCAACAACUUCGACCCGCUUAUGGCUUCCAAGAACUAUGAUCAUGACAUGGUCGACAUCCUCUGGCUCACCCAUGUCGAGCCAGACCUUAACCCCUCUCGGGUUCCGCAGUUCGCUCUUAAGAAUAUCCACAAAGCGAUCAAAAGACACAGUUUGCGUGCUUCUGAGGUAGCACUUCCGGAUAAGGAAAAAGGGACUGGUUCUAAACAAUUCCGUAAAGCGAAGAUGGUCCAGCAUUAUAUUAUGCUCUAUAGUUGCUUUUUUGCGGUAAUCUUCUAUGGAAUUGCUUCUUUAUUUAUCGCGGUGGAGUCUUACCUCGCGAUGCGUUACCUUGAGGAUAAACAUUUCCAGUCACCAAGGUGGAGUAAUUUCAUUCCACAUUUCUGA